AUUAAAGAAUCUACAGUGUAUUCACACCAAUUCACUUUUUUUUUUUUCUUUUCCACUUUUUAUGUUGCAUCCAUGUCCCACAUUGUAAUAACCAAACAUCCCCAUAGCACAAUGCUGCCACCACCAUGUCAUAGGGAUGCUGACGUUGAUUGCCAGCCCCAACGUCUGCAUUGUGUCUUCUGGUUAGUGGAACUUGACACAUUCCUGGAUUAAAUGGCUCAAAAAUGUAGAUGGGCGAGUUUGAAAACUCGUCCAUCUACAUUAUGUUGGCAUUUUGAAGUGGAAAAUUACACAAUAAAUUGCAAGCUUGCUUUCUAGAUCAGAUUCUUUUUUUUUUUUUUUAAAUGAACGUAUAGAGAAAAAAAAAACCUUCACCGUACUUAGUCAACUCCGGUUAUUUCAAAUGAUGUCAGAUGGAUUUUCCCAGGGUGGCACAACUAGUUGCCAGUUGAUGUGCAACUUUUGGUGUGCAAGAAUAGCAGAAACCGGCUUUUUCACCGGUUUUUAAAGCAGAACAAGUAGUUUCAAAACUGCUUUUUUUUUUUUUAUUUUAAACUGAGGUCCAAAAGUUGUGUGUCUUUGAAACAGAAAGCAGAUGUUUUACAGAUACUCAACAUUCUUAUUAGGUACAGGUAGAUGCUAGAUCUUAUAUAAAGGACAUAGAUAAGAAACGACAAAAAAAAAAAAAAAAGCUCGAAGGGAGCAACUCCAAACUCUGACUUUUACUUCAAAAAGGAAGCGGCCAGUUUCUGUAUCAGCUCAGGUGAAUCCUGAGGUAAACUUGGCCACUAUGCUCAAUAACCCAAGUUAUUAAACAAAUAUCGUUAGAUAAAAGCAGGUUUAAAAUAUUCCACUUGACUUUUUCUCCAAAUUGAGAGCUUGAUGACGGUGAGGUAUGAGAGAUUGCAAAAAUAACAAGCGCUGUAUGUUGUUAAAUGCUUGUAUGGGCAAUAAAUUCUCGAAAUGUUGAACCUAGUGACUGGAUUUCAAAGUAAGAGCUGCAGUAUAAUCAAUACCCACAGAUGCUCGGCAUGAGUUUGGUUGUGCUUGGUAGUUGUAAAGGUAUUUAAGACUUUUCUAACUUCAGCUCAACAAUUGAACACACCACCAAAAAAUUACCCUUAAGCUCAUUUUCCAUUUUACACUACUUGUCUUUUCUGCAGGCAUAGUUUUGUUUUUACAUAUUUUAACUGAUUGACACGUAGCGUAUCAAUAUUUUAUCUUCCCUGCCAUUCAUAAAAACUGCAUUAAUUUAAAGUUCCUUUUGGGGGCCAAACGGCACAUUGUAAGAAAAACGGCUAAUGGUAUUUGCAUGAUGGGAGAGAACUUCCUUGAAAUGACACUUUGAUGCAGCUAAACCCUCACAACUACAGCAAAGACUGUUUAUUUAGAUAAGUGAGACUUUCAGCCGCUUCCUUUCACUGUUGCUGCAUUCCACACAAUAUAAAAGUAGUCUGUUCUGGGGACACUUAGGAAAGACAACCUCUACUUUAAUUUUCAGAUUAUAAUUUUGUAACAAACAGUCAUUCAUCAUGGGCUGAAUGGCAGGUGGAUUAGGAUAUCGGUAAAAAACCCAACUUUUAAAUACCUGGGUUGGGUGCUGGUCUGGUAGGUCUCCCAGGAUGCUGUUCUCCGGACUUUUGCACCACUUGCCAAGUAAAUUUUCAUUUUAUGCGCUCAAAUUCGAGCUGGAAAGUUUAUAUCACUAACUUUGUCUUGUUUAGCCAUUAACAAGACAAAGUUAAUGCUAGAGUACUGUUCUAUUUUCUUCUAGUUUUUUUUUUUUUUUACAAUAUUGACUUUAGUCAUCCAGCCAUAGAAAAUAACCUGUUGUUUGGAUAACCCUACAAUGGCAAGCUACUGAGCUAGUAAUUUUAUCGUGUGUCUACAACAGAGUGAUUUUCAUCACCCAACAAUAAACUUUUACUGCUGGUUUUAUCUUUGGGUUUUUGUUCAAAGUUCACCCGACAUCAAAGAACUUCAAGAGCAUGUGUCGGGCGAACGCGAUCGUUUGGCCUAACGUUUGUCAAUCCUUUCACACGUUUGCUGCGUCGGUCAUCGUUGGUGAUUGGAUGAGACGUUUUCAAACCCUCCAAUCCCAUAGUAGACUGAAAGAAACAAACCGCUCUGGACAGAGCAUUUGCUUACAUCUAUUCUGUUAGAUGUAGCAGCUCUCUCUGAAGCUAUGGCCAAGAGCAUGACUCUGCUGUGGGGCUCCGGCUCGCCUCCCUGCUGGAGGGUCAUGAUCGCCCUGGAGGAGAAGAAGCUGCAGGGCUACAACAGCAGACUGCUGUCCUUCGACAAAGAGGAGAUCAAGUCUCAGGAAGUGUUUGACAUCAAUCCAAGGGGUCAGGUGCCGUCUUUUAAACAUGGAGACGUAAUUGUCAACGAAUCCUACGCAGCCUGUUUUUACCUGGAGAGCCAGUUUAAGUCUCAGGGAACGAAACUGAUCCCAGACAGCACUGAAGAACAAGCGCUGAUGUACCAACGCAUGUUUGAGGGCCUCACUUUCUACGACAAACUGACUGCAGUUAUUUUCUACGAGUACUACGUCCCCGAAGGCGAGAGGCUUGCCUCAGCUGUGAAGAGACGCAAAGAGGCUCUGAGCACGGAGCUCAAACUCUGGGAGGGCUUCUUGCACAAGACGGGUUCUGGCUCUAACCUGGCAGGGAAGUCUUUCACGCUCGCAGAUGUAGUCGUUUUUCCAACCGUUGCCACUCUUUUUAGAUUUGGGUUGUCUGAAAAGCGUUACCCCAGACUGGCAGAGUACUACGCUCUGCUGAGGGAGAGGCCGAGCGUCAAGGCCAGCUGGCCUCCCCACUGGCUGGAGAACACCAAGGGUCAAGACACCCUGAAUGACGUCUGACAAAGAAAUAUUUCAGUCAGACCCCGAAAGUACCAUUUUAUAUGUGUUUUCUUUUUGUAACGGCAUAAAUCCUUUCCCUCAAAAAUUGCAGCUGUUUCGACAAUCUUGUAACAUAGAGUAGCAACAUGAUAGGAUAUUCCUUAUAAUAAACGUGUGUGAACUUUUCUAAUGAG